AUGACAAGUGGUCAUGAUCAGACAGGACAGGAUCAGUCUAAUACCAUCACUGAAUCCAACAUGAUCAGCACAGCUACACUAGUGACCAAUGAUCAUUAUCAGACAGGCAGGUCUCAGACCAUCACUGAAUCCAACACACACACAAUCACCACAGCUACUGCAAUGACCAGUGGUCAUGAUCAGACAGGGCAGGGCCCGUCUAAGGCCAACAAUGAAUCCAACACACACACCACAGCUACUGUAAUGACCAGUGGUCAUGAUCAGACAGGACAGGACCAGUCUAAUACCAUCACUGAAUCCAACACAAACACCACAGCUACUGUAAUGACAAAUAAUGGUCAUCACCAGUAUGGAAAUGUUGACAACCAGAAUGUUAAGACAGUGCAGGGCCCGUCUAAGGCCAACAAUGAAUCCAACACACACACCACAGCUACUGUAAUGACCAGUGGUCAAGAUCAGACAGGGCAGGACCAGUCUAAUACCAUCACUGAAUCCAACACAAACACCACAGCUACUGUAAUGACAAAUAAUGGUCAUCACCAGUAUGGAAAUGUUGACAACCAGAAUGUUAAGACAGUGCAGGGCCCGUCUAAGGCCAACAAUGAAUCCAACACACACACCACAGCUACUGCAAUGACCAGUGGUCAUGAUCAGACAGGGCAGGAGAGGGGUCAGUCGCAGACCAUUACUAGAUCCUUGGAUUCUGAAAAUCUAUCUUAUGUCCUGGUUGAGAGCAGCAACACCCCCUACCCUAUGACCGUCAGAGGGAUGGUGGGCGACCGUGUAACCCUCCGCGGCAAAUUCCAGGAAAGUCUCGAUGGCGUCAUCGCUAUAACGUGGAGUAAAAUCGACAGCGCUGAUGGCGGUUCCCGGAACGCAGUCGCCAUCUGGUCCCCUAGUGGCAAAGAUGCCAGAGACAUGACCUUUGACCCGCUGAAGGAAAGGACGGCACUAAACAGGGAUGGGUCCCUGACGUUACAACCGGCCGUGUCAGCUGACCAGGGACUUUACGUACAGACGGUCCUGAUUGAUGGAGUGGGCCAAAAGGAAUAUUACGUUGCGGUGGAAAUUCAUGUGCCACCGACGGUUAGGCUUUCUAUGCCGAGAAGAGGAGAAGCUGUGGAACACACCACAUUAUCCAUCCACUGUUCCGUGGAGAACACAAGUGCCUUAGUCAGCCCUAUAUACUGGACAAAAGACGGGAGUAUCAUCGACACCAGUUUGCGGAUGUCGGUCACGUUAAAAAGUGGGGACAACAUCAGGAACACUUCGUUAGUGAUUCCGUACGUCGAGAGAAAAGAUGGCGGGAAUUAUUCGUGUGUGGCGGAGUACCUCACGGGGUUUCAGGCGGCCAGCGUUCUAUUAGACGUGCUGUACGCGGCAAAGAUCAUCAACAUCUCCAAUCCCAUCGUGCCUUUCGUCGGAGAAAGCGUCGAGCUGCUGUGUCAAGCCGAAGUCUGUGUUCAUUUCAUUCGUUGA